AUGGCAUCUAACUUGCCAAUACCGCUUCCACCGCGAACGCCUACGCCGCCCUCAGCCAAUCCGCCGUCUCCCACUCCAGAACAAGGCGUUGGCCUGGGGCUGCACCCGGAGAUUCAGACGGAGCAUGACUACGACAUCCAGAACGGCUUGAACGAUUCUCCCGAGCGCGAUCGCAAUGGCCCACAGACCGGCAGAUCCGACUCGACCUCUUCAAUGCUCUCGCCCAUCAGCGCUACCUUCAGCAAUGCAGGAGGAUUGAGUCCCGCAGGAAGUCUCUACAGUCCUCUCACACCGCAAACGGCAAGCACGGAUGGUGGAUUUGGGAGCAUAGACGCCAGCACGACUACGAAUGCGGUCACGAACCCUUUCAAUUUCACUCCGGUUCAAUAUGCGCCUCCCACGUCUGCGACAGGUGGAAAGCAUGAGCUGUUGGGGAAGAGAAGAGGACACAAAUACAGGCAUUCGUCCAUUCAUGCCACGCACAUGAGCUCUAUUGUCAAGGCGCCUCCGAGUCUCAAGACACCGCUCAGUGUGCCCGCUUCCCUGCCCAUGCCUACGAGAAAGGAAGCUUGGUGGAGCAUGACGCGGCAUCAAACGAUGCGGCUCAGCUGGUGUGCCUGUCACUUUCUCAUUGCAGGAUAUGUCCAAUUCAGCGGAGCAGGAAGUCUGGCCAUGACAGCUCUGAGCCGCCUACUGCUCUUCGACGCAGCCGGCGCAACAGUCUGUGUGGUAGUGGAUGUGAUGGGCAACUUCGAAGUCUGGAAACGCAGCUCAAUCAAGCACCCUUUCGGUCUUGAACGUGCGGAUGUCCUGGCAGGCUUCGGUAUGGCCGUGUUCAUUGCUUUCAUGGGCUUGGAUGUCAUCAGCCACGGAAUCCAGCAUUCCCUCGAGAAUGUCGGUUCGCACGUUCCUCACACCGCCCACGAUCAUGAAAGAGUCGGCACAGCAAGCGUCGAUACUGCUUCGCUUUCCGCCAUUGCCAGCACUCUCAUCUCCGCCAUCGUCCUCAAGAACCACGCCCGAAUAGGCCGAGCCAUGCGCUUCGAACUCCUCGCCAGUUGGGGCAAAAUCCUCGGGAAUCCCUCUCAUUUCCUCACGCUCUCCUGUUCCACCGCAAUGCUCCUCCUCCCAUUCCUCACCAACGACACCUAUGGCUGGUUCGACAAAAUCCUCUCCUUCGUCAUCGCCAUCCUAAUGAUCGCACUCGGAGUCCGACUUCUUACCUCCCUGGCUUCAAUGUUGCUGAUGAGCUACCGCGCUCCAGCAGACAUGUCUCUGGGCGAUCUGAUCGAUGAAAUCGCGCAGUCAGAUCCGUCCGUCACGAACGUGGACGAGGCGAAGUUCUGGCAGGUGCAUUAUGGGCUUUGCAUUGCGAAUCUCAAGAUUCGCUACAGGAGUAGCAAAGGCACCUAUGGAAUGGACGAUAUGGCGAGGAUAAGGCAGAAAGUGGCCAGCUUGAUACGUCAGCGAGUGGGAGGCGUCAAGUGGGAUGUGAGCGUGCAGUUGUCCAUUGAGCGGGACUGA